AUGCUGCAGUGGGCGAUUGGGAACUCUGAUCCGGAUAAGUUGAGAGAAAAGGCUGCGGAAUUGGAGAGGCUAUCGGCAGAGGAAUUACUCAAGAAACAAAUGGAGAUUAAGGAGCUGAUGGAGAAGUUAAAGGUGCCAUCAGAUGCUGAGUUGAUGAAGGUUGCUAUCGCUGACUUAAAUAAUUCCUCUGUUUUGCUGGAGGACCGCCACCGUGCACUGCAAGAGCUUUUAGUUCUGGUUGAGCCCAUCGACAAUGCUAAUGAUCUUGACAAACUUGGAGGCCUUCUUCCGUUGAUUUGGGAACUUAGCAAUGCAGAUGAAGGAAUAAGAACUACUUCAGCAUGGGUGCUGGGCGAGUUGUUUGGUGUGGGAUAUGGAGAUGUUAGCUCUUAA